UCUCUCUCUCUCUCUCUCUUUCUCUCUCUCUUUCUCCUGGAAGAAACGCGAUAUUUUUUUAUUCAAGCUCGGCUGAAAACGCGCAAUUUUAUUCGCAUAAAGGACACAGAUCGAAAGGCGAUCUUCCCGGAGAUCUCUCGCGACCGGCUUUUUCUCCCUCUCGCGUGCGAUCGCGCGCCUAUGUCACGUCGCGUCCGCGACGGUGCGUUUAAACGGCGCGCGCGUGUGUGUGUGUGUGACAUACGUGUGUGUAUAUAUAUAUAUACACAUAUAUAUGCAGGAGAGACGAGAGUUUAGACGAGGUAGGCAGAGGGGUUUCCGGCGAGCGUUAACAGAGUAACAGAGUGAUGUAAUGAGGCCCGGAAGCAGGCAAUUUGCUGCCCGCGGCGGCCGCAGUUGCGCGAGACAACCUGUCCGGAGUACCUUCUUCUUGAUACCGCGGUCUAGCCUCUCCUCCUCCGUGCCUGGAUACCUGACCGAUAAGCGAGAGAAGUGUGCAGUCAUCGAGUGCAAGGAGAAACGGACGGAAAACAAAGGGCGACGUAACGUGCGUGUAAAAGAGAGAAAGAGAGAGAGAAAGAGAGAGAGAGAGAGAGAGAGAGAGAAAAAAAACCGAGAAAUCGUCGAGAGAAGCGCAAUUAUUUCUUAUACGAUAUAACGCGCGCGUUGUUUUGUUCCGAUGAAUGUGAAUUAUUAUCGCGACAAUGUGAAAGUUGCACAAUUGGCGUGCGUGUUUUUACAUGUCUCUUUGUAAACGCGAAGUAAACAGAUGAGCGCGAACGCGUCGUUACCGAUUUCUUGGUGAAACGGUAAAAAGAGAACGAUAAAAUGUCAUCGCCGAUGAACCUUCUUUUUCCAAUAAUCGAUCGUUCGAUUUGGUCUUUAAAUACGUCGAACACGUAUCGCAAAGACAAUCCCGCGUUGCGCGCUCAUCGCGUUGUGCCGCGGAACAAGCGUGACUAUGUGACAGUUUUGUGAUUAGAUUGACCUCAAUACGCGCUGGACAUCCGGACGUACCCACGAGAGUGCCGCUUUUAUCCUUAACUGUCCUGAUCGAAUGUCAGCGAAUGUUCCGCGAUGACGACCCACCAGCGCGACUCGAGAUGAUUCGCGCGUGAUGGAAAACUAUUUCGCUGCGCGCUUUUCUCUCUUCCGGUGAGAUUGCCUUCGUCCAGAAAAGUGAUGCCAGAAAAGUUGACACAUUCAAACGAUCGGCGUGACGACAUACAGAGAGUGACAAGAGUUUAAAGAGAGAAUUUAUCGUGAACGUUUUCACAGCGAUUGAAGGGGCUCUUUGGUGAUGUACGACAGCGCUAGCUGUUCGUACGCAGGUGCGCUCGAAUUAAAGGGAGCCUCCGGGACAGCCGGAGCCGCCGCGGCCGCGGCCGGCGUCAAGCAGGAGAACUGGCCGUACCGCGGCCUCACCUGCAGCAACACCUUUCAACGGCUGAAGGACAGCGUCGACAAGGCGAAGCAGGCCCUAGCCGAUCGCAGCGGUUACCUCGCCGGCGCGUUUUCGCCGCCUCCGCGCGCCAACCCGUCCGCCAUUUCGCCCACCGCCUCCAUCACCGAUGCCGGCAGCUCUUACAAGGGAGGCUGGAGCCACGCCACGUCGCCAGCACCUGGUCAGGGCUAUGGAAGCAGCUUGUCGAAGACAGCAUUGGACACGCAUAGCCAUCUCAGGCAGCCUGAUCCCUAUCAAAUGUUCGGGGCGACGAGCAGUCGGCUCGCGAGCUCCGGUUCCGGUCAGAUUCAACUCUGGCAGUUUCUGCUCGAACUUCUGUCGGACUCCAGUAACGCCGCGUGCAUCACGUGGGAGGGCACCAACGGCGAAUUCAAGUUGACCGACCCCGACGAGGUGGCGAGACGAUGGGGCGAGAGGAAGUCCAAGCCUAACAUGAAUUACGACAAGUUGUCGAGGGCUUUGAGGUACUACUACGACAAGAACAUCAUGACGAAGGUGCACGGCAAGAGGUACGCGUACAAGUUCGAUUUCCAGGGAUUGGCGGCGGCGACGCAGCCGGCGGCGGCCGAUCCCGCGGCGUACAAAUACCAGAGCGAGCUGUUUAUGUCCGGUUACGGCCACGCUAAGCUGAACCUGAUGCCGCCGCCGGCGGCGUCCGUCUCGGUUUCCGUUCCCGGGGGUUUGUUCCAGUCGGCGUCGAGCUACUGGUCGACGAGUCCGGGCGCCAACUUGUAUGCCGGCCAUCACACGGCCUCGGGACACGUGCCGCCUCAUCUCGGCACGUAUCCUCAUUACGCAUGACCCGCCGCCGAGCACUGGGGUGCCUUGGGCACACCGCGUUAAGAAUGUUUCUACUUGAAAAAAAAAAGAAAAAAAAAAGAAAAAACGGAACGCGAGUUCUGUCGCCGCCGCCACCGCCGUCGUCGGCGGCGUGUGUAAACGUUAAUUUGCGCGUCACGAUUUUUGUGACCUCCCUUAAUCUCGUUUUUCCCAUCUCGAAGAAGAAGGCUCGGAUCGCACCGUUGCUUGAAGUAUUCGCACGAAUCUGUCCAUCCCGCGUGUACAUUAUUAUAUUUUGUUCGCAGUGUGUGUUAUUUUGUGUUUUAAUAGAUUGUUCCUCGUGUCAGAGUUAAGCGCGAGCGGGGGUGGGAAAAUUUAUAUAAAAAGCUUAAGCAAUAAGGAACGACAAUCACGAAGUAGCAGCGGAAACAACAGACAUCCGUCAGUGACGCGUAUACGUGUUGAAGUUGUUGCGAUAAAAAGAAUAAAAAAAAAAAAAAACUCGCGCGCGCGAAGGAAAACAAUUAGAGGCUCUUUUCUGCCGUCCUUAGUUAAGAUGUUAUGUCUUGCACAUUUUUUGCAUUUUUCAAGAUAUAUUGCAGUAUUGCAAGUUUUACGCACGUCUUUUUUACGUUCCAUCUUCCAAAUAAAGCUAGAAAGUCCUAAAGGCUUUGUAGACGUCUAGAACAGACAUGUCCAAACGCCGGCUCCGGAGGGCGAAACCUUCCCCCUUUCCAUCGCUGGACGUGUCUGAUAUAGACUAUACUAUAAUAUUUAAAUGUUACUAGACUAUACUGUAGUAUUUAAACGAUACUAUAGUAUAGUCUAUAUCAGACACACAUGUUCAGCGGUGGAGAGGGGAAAAAGGUUUUGCCCACCGCUCCGGAGCCGGAGUUUGGACAUGUCUUCUGAUCCAAAGAAAAUGUUUAACUUAGUUGUCCUAACUGUGCUGACGGCGCAAACAAAAGAAUAAAACCUCAGUUGUUUUUAUUCUUCCCAUGCGCUAGAUAGAAUAUUUUAGCUAAGGAGGACAGUUUUCCUGUUACGUAAUCGCGAGAUUCAAUUCGCUAAAAUGGUUUUAACUGCGUUUUUUUUGUUUAACAUAUCAUCGACUUCGACACUAAACGAACAGUAGUGUUUCUCAGAUCUUGACAUUUAGACAAGUUUUCCGUCAGACAAUUAAAAAAAAACACUGAAUAAAUAAAAAUAGACGAUAUAUAUAUAUAUUUGUAGUCGAAACGUGGUUUGGACAGAUUCAACGAUUGAAUCUUAAAGACAGUCGUUCCACAGAUAGAGUGCAAUAAUGCCGUCGCAACUUCGACGCGAUACACACGACCGAGCGCGACAAACAAACGUCGUCGUAAUCAGUGAACAUUUACGGCGCCGCCGUAAUGUACAGAGGCGAUUCUUCACGUCAAACGAGUGCUCUAUGGACUUUCGAUUCGCCGCGGCCGACGGCGCGCCCGAGAAAAAAAAAAAAAACUAUUGUAAGAACGUUGUACAUACAGUAUAAUGCAUAUUACGUUAUAAAGGGUGUGUGCGUCCGUGAGAUAUGAAUUCACGCGAAUCUCUUUGCCGUCAUUGCUCUUAUCGGGGGGGGAGGGGAGGGGGGGAAAUAAAUAAAAUACACGCCGUAGAAUUUUUGCCGAAACCCGAGCGCGCGUUAUGAUAAAUACCGAAUACCAAAGCGAAAUGUGUCACCGCAACUGUGUGUAUCUAGUCAUACGUUAAUUAACUUAAUUUUCUUUUUUUUUUUUUUUUUUUUUUUUAUCAACGCGCGCUCACGAAUUUUGAAGAAUACCACGCACGUUUGUGAAAAUAUUCCGGAGGAAAAGAAAAAAACAAGAUAGGAGUUUUGUAAUACAACCGCGUGACGGCAAAUUGAACGCGCGAAACAUUCUUGGUCCAAAGGAAACGUAAAAAGCUCCGUACACACACAGUAAAUAAGAAGCCGGCCAAGUUCGCGAACGUCGUCGGCGAUGUUUUUCCAAUUGGAUUGAAUUGAACAUGCGUGCACGUGAAAAACUGCGAAAAACUGCGUUGCUCGAUAACGAGCAACGAUCGUUCGCGUGCUCGACAUCAUCACCGCGAGUGACUCGAUUCCGCGAUCGCACGGGAGUUUGUGUGCGCGUGUUCGAUUCAAAUCAAAAAGAAACUCUUAUAAUACGUGUAUCAUAAACUCUUUUAACUUAUUUGUUACGUUAAGAAAUGGAUAGAGACGCCACAUUAAACAAAUCGGGCGACGGGCGAGCAGAAGAAUGAACCAUCGACGAGUAUAUUGGUGAAAGUGUGUGUGUGUGUGUGCGCGCGUGCGUGUGUGUGUGUGUGUGUGAAUCGGUCAUGUACGCUGCUCGCUUAAGUGCGAAUCACCCGUUUCUCGAUUAAUAAUAAUUUUACAACGAAACCACAUUUUCAUCAUCCGUCAUCGAGAAAUGUAGACGAUAAUCAAAAAAGUACAACGUUUAAGUCAUAUCAAUUGACGGCACACGCAAUCAGAAUCAAACUUCCAUCUCUCUCUAUCUCUCUCUCUCUCUCUCUCUCUCUCUUUCUCUUUAGAGAAUCACACGUCGGGUAUAUACAUAUAUAUAUAUAUAUAUACAUAUAAUAUAUAUAUAUAUGUGGCCGCUCUAUCCAUAAUGAGACGAAGGGUGGAUUGCCGAGACCGGGUUUUUUCGAUCGAACAAUUCGGAGCGAAAGUUGUUCACGGUAGCAAAUAGCAAUUGGUGUAGCUCGAGUUGAAAAUUAUUUUUCUUUUUCCACUACGAAAACCACUUCUUUCAAUGCUGUGUGUUUUUUGCUAAANAAAAAAAAAAAACCUACUCUUUCAAAUCUACCGAAACACACGUGGAUUCUUCAUUUGGAACUUCCAAAAUGAAGAAAAACCUCAAUGUGCAUUCGGGAUGCAUUUCUGAACAUCGAGCGAACGAGCGCGGUAAUAUUCUCGAUGAUGAAUAAUGAAGAUGAUAUAAAAAAAAAAAAAAAAACACCCACGUUCGAAAUUUUAUAUAAAACGCAGAGAAAAAAAAACUGAUUUACGCAAAAUUACGCAUAGUUUCCGGAACGAAAUCCGGAAAUUGUUUUGAACAACAAAGUGCGACGCAAUAAGAUGACUCUUCCUCGACGUGUCGGCAAUCCGUCCCACCCCCGAAAAGAAAGGCGUACCUCGUGUCGAAGAGAUGCGUAACUCUCUCCUUAAGUCGUAUACUGUACCAUAUUACUCGUAAGUAUAUGCCCUAAGCAUUCCUAGAGUUAAAUUUAACGAUUAGCGCGGCUCUUCGGAGCGGGGCCGUCCCGUGGGACCGAUCGAAACAUCCGUAAGGGAGAAAAAAAAAACAAAAAAAAAACAAAACAAAACAAAACACGUUAUACCGACGGUUUCCGAAUCCGGUCCGACGGGUCGUCGCCGAGCGCGAAGGGCGCUCUCAUGUAGAUAGGGUGUUUUCAUGUGUAGCGUAGGCGUGUAGAGAGAAUUUUAGUCUCUUAGCGCGAGAAUGCGACGAGAGAGGAUGUCACAAAAUACGAAAUAAUCGUGUAGGUACUUUGUUCUCGUGUGUGUGUGCACGUUGAGAGCGCGAGAGUGUGUGUAACGCGCGCGUGAGUCUCUCGGAGCGGGCGUGACUUCGAAGUAUGUAUGAAGGUUGAAUAAUGAUGAGCUGCGAUGACUAUAUGAUGACGACGAUGACAAUGAUGGAUGAGCGAACGAACGAGGGAUGUCUGGAUAACUAGCGUAGAUCGCGUUUAGGGUUAGGUAGAUAAGCGAUCCCCUCCCCUCUCUCGAAGAAAAGGAUCGAAGAGGCAGAGCGCACGGAAUUUUUCUCGUCGCUUUGACGUGAGAACGGAACUCCUCGCGAAGAGAGAGAGAGGGCACAAAAGAAAAAAAAAAAAAAUUCAAAAAGUAAGCGCGGAGGGGGGGAGCGCUGUUGUUGUUCUUGUUGUCGUGCGCUUGUAUUAAAGUCGCCAUGUUCUAAUUAAACAUGCCGACGGGGUUGUAUCAGUCGUCGGCAAAAUCAA